CCUCUCCGACGCCUCUUCAUCCCGAUAACAAUAUUCCCCUUCGGCACAAUGUCCGCCUCACUAGCUCCCGAAUGCAACGAAGUGAAAGAACGAUACGACACCUGCUUCCUCAAAUGGUACAGUGACAAAUAUCUCCGCGGCACAGCCACGACCGACGAUUGCGCGCCCUUGUUCACACAGUACCGGAGUUGCCUCGAGAAAGUGCUGAAGGAGCGCGGCAUCGAUACCAUGCUCGAAGAAGCCCGAGCCGACAAUCGGGAGAACGACGCCGAAUAUCUCCGUCCUUCGACGAAAUCAUGAGGGUCGUUGAAAGGCUACCGAUGGCAUUUGGAUAUUCCUUCCCGACAGGCGAACUGAUGGGCCUCGCAGAACGACGUGCUGCACUGGUGAUAGCCGUCGGAUGUCUGACCGUCAACACAUGAUCUUGACACUCUCCUCUCUCUCUCACACUCCCACUCACGACCUUUUAAAGAUCUAGAUCUAUGAUAAUGUACAAUUUUGCUUCGCAUCACCAUAUGUUCCAAUUGAAAACCUCACUUGACUUCCACCU